AUGGCCCGACCAAAACAACCGGUGCGCAACCAUCCUUCCCGGCGUUUGCUUUGCUGGCGACAGACUGCCGCCGCUUCUGCCACCGAUACACCACAGUCAACCGCACCCACUGCAUCCUCAUCUGCCGAGUCCUCUUCAUCGGCGAUGGGAGGGUCUUCCACCGCCAGUACCAUCGCCGCGAGCACCAUUGCCGCCUUCCGCAACCUCCCUCCGGCGACUGUAAGUCCUCCUCCGGCGACUGUAAGUCCUCCUCCAUCUUCAUCCACACAACACUCAUCUCCCCCAACCACCACCGUACUCUCGUAUGAUGAUGAUGCUAUGGCUGUCCUUACUAAGGUGGCUCUAUCCUCUCAUUUGGCCGAACCCUUCUCAACCCCAAAACCGUUUUCCAUUUUAUUGAGUACCUCAUAUGCCCCACCCACGAUUGCACCUUCAAAAACCACUCCUACACCCAUCCCAAGUGAUGAUAAACCAACCCUAGCCCCUUCUCCCACUGUUUCCCCAAAUCACUCACGGUUCGAUUUGAACCAAAUGGGGGAGGAUGAGGAUGAAGGUUUGGACGAUAUUACAUUUGAUUUUGAAGGUAUGCCGGAGGAAGGACAAACCGAAACUUUCCCAUUCGAGACACCGUCAACCAUUGGUGCCGGUAAAAAGCCCGAUAAAACCCCCGAAACAGCCCCUACUGUUGAAAGGAGGCAAACUCAUUCAUCGAGUCAAGCUUCUGGUGGGCCGAAGACUAGGUCCCAACAAUGGCAGGAAAAGGGUAAAGCAAAGGUGAUAGAGGCUCUCGAUGAGGAUUAUGAGCCGGAAGAGGAAGAAACUCCAGUCCCGACAUCGCGUAGAUGA